AGCAUGUUGGGAAUGUAGGUGAUAGGUGAUGUAGUAGGUGGGAGGCAGAGGCAGCGGCAGGUAGUCCAGGAGAAGGGAGGAGGGAAGGCAGCCCUGUUGCCUGGCAACAAAUCCAGCAGCAGAAUUUUUGCAUUUGUUAGAUUUGUUUCUCCACAGCCUCCCACCCAAGAUUACGUUGGUACAAAUUUUCAAAAUUAAAAGUGCACAGCACAAAUGGAAGAACAGGACCAGGGACCCGCCAAUGACUUAGAGCGCAGAAUAAUUGAAGCUUUUGAAAUAUUUGAUCACGCCCAAAACAAAAAUAUUGAUGUGAGGGAAGUUGGAGCAGUGAUAAGAUCCUUAGGCUGCUGCCCAACAGAGGCUCAACUGCAAGAAGUAUUAAUGGAAGUAGAGGAUCCUGAUACGGGCAGUGUUUCUUUGGAUAAAUUUUUGCCAUACAUGGUAAAUGUUAUAACUGAGUACCAAAUGCAACCAGCAUCUGCUGAAGCACUCCUGAAGGCUUUUCAAGUAAUGGAUCCAGAAAGGAAAGGGUUUGUAUCAAAAGAAGUUUUAAUGAGGAAUAUGUUGGAGCUGGGAGAACCCUUCUCCCAGGAUGAAUUAGAUGAGAUGCUCACAGUAGCUGUGGAUCCUGAAACUGGGACUGUGCCAUAUGAGUAUUAUAUAAACCAGAUUAUGGUCAAAGUUAAACCAAAUAUAUACAGUCUGAUACCAGUGAAAAAGCUGAUCAAGCGCAGAAAAUUGGGAGGAAGUCUGCUUGCCUUGGCUGAGCAAACAUCAUGAUGGACACAAUGAAAUGCACAUCAAUGCCCCCAAGUUGACUAAUAAAGAAAAAGUGCUUACAAUGUGCUCCAAGCUUUCAUCAACUGUAUGGUCCCUAGAAAACACAAUGCUUUUCUUCGUCAUCUGAAUAGCUACGGGACUCUUGGAUGCAAUACUGUCAGCCAUUUCAAAUGCUGCCUUUAUCAAACUGCAAAAUUUGUAAUAGUUUCAAACAUUUCCCCAAGAAAGAAAAGUGUAGAACAGCUUCAAACCAAAGAAAACUUGAGCCUUAACAAGAAAUAAAUAAUAUACCUUGGUU